CCCUUCCCCGCUGCCUUCCGGCUUGGUGCCGCUUCGCGGGCCGCGAGGCGCCGCCGGGCGGGCGCAGCUGGCUGGGUCGCGCCCGGUCUCGCGCCAUGGCCGGGCCCGGCAGGCGGGGCCUCAGCCGCCGCUGUCGCUGCUCUGUCCCAGGCGCCGCGGGGCGGGUGGCGGGCGCGCGCUGAGGCAUGGCCUCCCCGCCCAGGGAGCGGGCGGCGGCGCUGGAGGCGGAGCUGGCAGCCUGCCGCCAGCAGCUGGAGCGGGCGCGGCGCCGCCUGCGCCGCACCGAGCGACGAUACCACGAGGCGAGGGAGAGCAACGAGGCGCUGAGGGCGCAGGUUGAAGAGCUCACUAAGGAGAUCCAUAAUAGGAAGGGCAAGAAUACGGCUAGUGUAGAAGUACAGACAGAGGACUAUGCUGCGUGGUCACAAGCAGAUUAUUACUACUAUGAAAAUUAUUACAAUCACACCGAUGCUCAAGAUUGUGCAUCUGAACUGCCAGUGCAACACAGUCAUGGGACUGAAGGCACUGAGCAUGAUUCCACAGAGGAAUCGCAGACAGGUGCUAGUAUUCCUUUACAGACGGACAACAGUAAAGUUGCUGAAGGAGGAGAAGGGGAAGAUUUCAUCCAGAAUUUAAAGGAAGCUGAAGAUACUUUGGUACCAGAGGGUUCUUUGGCGGACAGCUUGAGAGCUGCUGCAGAAGCUGCUGUUUCACAAACCGGAUUCAUUUAUGAUGAAAAUACGGGAUUGUAUUAUGACCAUAGCACUGGAUUCUAUUACAACUCGGAAAAUCAACUGUAUUAUGAUCCAGCAACUGGGAUUUAUUAUUACUGUGAUGUGGAAAGUGGACGAUACCAGUUUCAUUCACGAGUGGAUCUGCAGUCUUACCAGGCCUCUGGUACCCAGCAUGCCAAGGAUAAAAAAACAAAAAAGAAGAGAAAAGAACCAGAGCGGAUUACUACAAAUGAACAUAAGGAUUUGGACACGGAAGAGCAGAAAUCAUCUAACAGUCAGAAUUGCCUUUCCAUUACUGAGCAAGUAAGUUCUACUGAAGAAGAAGAGCCUCCAAAUGUAAGAAAGAAGACUAAAAUGGACAAAGUAACACAAAACAGUUUAACAGCCAAAGAAUCAUUUUCUACAGACAGUAUAAAUUCACAUUCACGCAAAAGUACACCAGAUACUGCAGCAUUUACAGAUGACAGUAGAACAGCGGACACGGAGAGUGAGCCAGAAGAAGGUGAAAUCACAGAUUCUGAGUGUGAAGUCUACAGUAGUGAGGAUGAACUAACAAGUGAGGAAACUGCUGAUUCAGAAGGCUGGGAAGAUGAAGAUGAAGAAAAGAUCUGGCCUCCUUGUAUCAGAGUUAUUGUAAUAAGAUCGCCAGUUCUACAAACUGGAUCACUUUAUAUAAUCACAGCUGUGAAGCCUGCUACAAUUGGAAGAGAAAAAGAUGUUGGACACACACUUCAGAUUCCCGAAGUUGGAGUCAGUAAGUUCCAUGCAGAGGUAUAUUUUGACCAUGAUUUGCAGAAUUAUGUUCUUGUGGAUCAAGGCAGUCAGAAUGGAACAGUUGUUAAUGGAAAUCAGAUUCUCCAGCCUAAAAUAAAAUGUGAUCCCUACAUCUUGGAGCACGGAGAUGAAGUGAAGAUUGGUGAAACUGUACUUUCUUUUCAUAUACAUCCUGGCAGUGAUACUUGUGAUGGAUGUGAACCAGGACAAGUCAGAGCACACCUUCAACUGGACAGGAAAAAGGAAUCUUCUGUUUGCCCAGCACUUAGCAAAGAAGAGAGAGAGUUAGUCAGAAGAAAAGCAUUAAAACAAAUACGGGUGAAAUAUGGUUUACAGAACACAGAGUAUGAAGACAACAAAGCAGUGAAGAAUCCGAAGUACAAAGACAGAGCAGGAAAACGCAGGGAGACCAUUGGAAGUGAAGGAACCUUCCAGAGAGAUGACAGUCCAGCUUCUGUUCAUGUUGAAAUCAGCAACAGCAACAAAGGACAUAAAAUGUUGGAGAAAAUGGGAUGGAAGAAAGGGGAAGGCCUGGGCAAGGAUGGUGGUGGUAUGAAGGAUCCGAUCCACGUUCAGUUACACAAGAUGCAUGCAGGUUUGGGUACCAGUAGAUCAACCUCAAUUGAAGAUGUUCAGAUCAUCCAGAGCAAGAAUAAAAAGAACUGGGAUAAAGCAAGAGAAAGGUUUGCUGAAAACUUCCAAGAACCUAAAUCACAAAAGGACACACCUAAGAUAAUGCCUUGGAUUAGAGGGACUGUAGAGUAAAGUAUCUGGUCCCACAGCAGGGUAAUUCCUGUGUGUAAAUAGUUGGGAGAGAAUUUAUUUUUAUUCUUUUUUCUUUUGCUAAAGCAGAAGUUUGGUGAUAUGUAAAACACAGUUGUGGAAAAAAAAUUAUGCAAGAGUAACUCUAUGUUAAUUGAUUUUCUGUAGUUUUCAUGCUUUUCUAAAACACAUUUUUAGUAAGUUAAUAAGAAAUGAGUGGAAUUUAGGGGGAUAUUCAAAUACAAGUACUUGAAAGUGAUUCUCAUCAUGAGCAGGAAGUUUCUUCAGUUGUGUUUUUAACAUAAUUCUUCAUGGAAAGUCACAUAAAACAUACGUUAAAUAUGACAGCUUUAACAUUUGAAUAGUGCUUUAAAGGCAAGCUGCAACAAACCAAAAAAAGUAGAAAAAAGAAAAUCCUCCGGGCCCCCACUACUAGAGUAUCAUAUUGCAUUUUCCUCUCUUGUAUGUUUAUUCAUGAUUGCCAUGAUAACCUCAGCAAGAGGUACACCAUUCAAAUUCAGUACUAAAUGCAAAUUCAGUAGUAGCUACAUGACCCAGCUUACCCUACGGGGGAGAAAAAAACUUUGGUUUUAAAUGAUUCAUCAGUACUGCUCAAAAGUAAAUACUGUUAAAUAAACUACCAGCAUUGGUAAAGAAAACAAUGUUCAGAGAUGACUUGUAGCAAAAUUUUCUUCUGUGAAGAACUUGCGAUUUGUUUAGUAAAGACGUAUCAUGCCUUUAAAAGAGGAGGUAUGUUUAGAAAACUGCUGUCUGUGUGUAUUAUUUAUUAACUUCUUGUUCUGAGACAUCCAUUGCUGGCAAUGGAGAUUAUGCCAGAAAGAAACCCAACGAAUGAACCGAUUUUUGGUGGGGAAGUAU